CGGCCUCUCUUUGCCGCCGACGCCUCGCCCCUCCUUGCACGACAUCUCUCAUCUGCGGAGCCGCCUAAAGAGAAAGAGCGGCCGCUCCGGCCACCGGUUAGAUCUGCAGCACCAUCACUCCACCAGCCCACCACCGCGAUCUACCUGCUGUCGCCGGCCCUCUCUCCCUCUGCAGAACCACCGUGAUCUACCUGCUGUCGCCGGACCUCUCUCCCUCUGCAGAACCACCGUGAUCUACCUGCUGUCGCCGGCCCUCUACCGACUGAGGUGGAGUUCAACUGCUCACAUUCCUACAUCUUUGGAGAUGCAUCCCCAUCUAACCCUACACAGGCAUCCUAUGUGUGCUGAGAUUAUUGAAGAAUUCCAGAAGUGCCAUGUGGAUCACCCCAUCAAAAAAUUCUUUGGUGAAUGCACAGAUCUUAAGAUUAAGCUUGAUCGGUGCUUCCGGCAGGAGAAAGCUGUGAAGAGAAAGGCAAACUUUGAAGAGAGCAAGAAAUUUAAAGAAAGGUUGCAGGCUUAUAAAAAGGAAAUGGCCGAGAAAGAAAAUGAAUCAUAGCUUCGAAUGGAGGACAAUGACCUUCAGUGGAUGCUUUUCUGCUGCAAUCCUGUGGCUUCAACUUUGUAAAACAAAGUUCCGGGCUUGUCUUUUUUUGUUUGUAGUGUUUAGAUCACAUAUCUACUGUUAUAAGAUUACAUCUGAGGUCAUAUAAUCUAUUUAGAAGUUCAAAUUUCCUUCUGUGGCUGAUGCUAUUCAUGGUUAGUCUAUUUCCAUCAUAUAAUUGUACUCUUGUAAAAGAGCGAGUUAGUGAUGAUGGUGUGCCUGCCUUCGUGUCA